AAUUUCCAAAAAAAGGUCAUCUCCUUCAACGCCACGCCAGAAGAGCGCACAAUUUCUCCGUUGUUUUUAUAAGAACAGAUUGAGAUUGUUUGAUUGAUCGAUUUUGUCCAACUCAUCCACGCCAUAUCGCCGAAAUACAAAUUUUUAAUUCCAGCUUGCAGAGCAAUAAAAUAAUUCAUUUCAAUCAGAUUCUUCAGAUAUUCAUAUUUAUCGCUUUCCGACAUCUCCUGUGGAGAACAGUUCCAGCUUCCAAGUGCCAGCGGCGAAAGGAGCCACAGAUUUUACAGCUAUGGCGUCUCUCGGAUUGGCUCACCAGAUCAGCAGCACGGCGGCGGAGUUCCCGGCGGCGCGGCGGCGUUGGCGGAAUUCUCUGGUCAGUAAACCCCGGGUCGGGUUCAGAGUGUUAGCCCAGGCUAGUCCGGAUCCGGAUCUUAGCGUGAUGGUGAACGGGUUGAAGAUGCCCAACCCGUUUGUUAUUGGAUCGGGUCCUCCGGGCACGAAUUACACAGUCAUGAAACGCGCCUUCGACGAAGGCUGGGGCGCCGUCAUCGCUAAAACGGUGUCGUUGGAUGCCGCGAAAGUCAUCAACGUAACUCCUCGGUACGCCAGAUUGAAGGCCGGCGAGAAUGGCUCGGCGAAAGGGCAGGUCAUAGGGUGGGAGAACAUUGAGCUUAUAAGCGACCGGCCUCUAGAGACAAUGCUGAAGGAAUUUAAGCAGCUGAAGGAAGAGUAUCCAGACCGGAUUCUUAUUGCUUCGAUCAUGGAAGAGUACAGCAAGGCUGCGUGGGAGGAAGUCAUCGAUCGAGUCGAGCAAACUGGCAUCGAUGCUAUCGAAAUUAAUUUCUCGUGCCCCCAUGGUAUGCCCGAGCGCAAAAUGGGGGCUGCCGUCGGGCAAGAUUGUGGAUUGUUGGAGGAAGUGUGUGGAUGGAUCAACGCAAAAGCGACUGUUCCGGUUUGGGCUAAGAUGACGCCAAAUAUCACGGACAUUACAGAGCCAGCAAGAGUUUCUCUGCAGAAUGGAUGUGAAGGUGUUUCUGCAAUCAACACAAUCAUGAGUGUCAUGGGGAUUAAUCUCGACACGUUGCGACCCGAGCCCUGCGUAGAAGGGUACUCGACGCCGGGAGGGUAUUCUGCCAAGGCAGUCCACCCGAUUGCGCUCGCAAAAGUGAUGAGCAUUGCGAAGAUGAUGAAACAAGAGUUUGGCGACAGAGACUACUCGCUGUCCGCAAUCGGAGGCGUUGAGACAGGUGGCGACGCCGCCGAGUUCAUCCUUUUAGGCGCAAAUACAGUUCAGGUCUGCACGGGUGUAAUGAUGCACGGAUAUGGUCUCGUGAAGAAGCUUUGCUCCGAGCUGCAGGAUUUCAUGAGAAAGCACAAUUUCGCAACGAUCGAUGAUUUCCGAGGGGCAUCGUUGACGUACUUUACGACUCACACGGAUUUGGUGAAACGGCAGCAAGAAGCGAUUGCGAAAAGGAAGGCGAUCAAGAAAGGGUUGGCAUCGGAUAAAGACUGGACCGGCGACGGGUUCGUGAAGGAAACCGAGAGCAUGGUUUCGAACUAAGAAUAUACAUACAGGUCAAGUGUAUCUAUCUAUCUUCUUCGUUACAUUUGGUUUUUGAAUAUCUCCGAAGAAUAAAUUGCUGAAUAGGAGGCGGCAUGGGUAGUCAUAAUAACUCAUCCUGUCCUGUGUUUCUUCUUCGUUGGUUCCCAUCGAAACUUUUUUGAGUUAACAUUUCCUUGUAUAUGGAUGUGAAAUAAAUUAAUAAUAAUAAUAAUAAUAUGCGAUCA